GGAUGCUGCAGCGAUGAGAAGCCUUUUCAUCAGGCUGUUUUUCAGUCUCCGCUGGCCGCGUUAAUUACAGGGCCCGGGGCUGCACUUUGAGCUCGCUGCGCUCGUGCGGGCUCCUGAGAAAAAGCCGCGCGUCCGCUUCUCACGACACAGAUAAAAAAAAAAAAAAAAAACACACGCGCGACACGCAUCGUCCGCGCGCCCGAGCCAGCGGAACCGGUCCGCCAGCUGCUCGGGCACAUUCCUGCGUGAGUCGACCGUCAGCUCCAGCCGUCGAACGCGACGGGGCCACAAUCGCGCGGAGGACGAGGCGACGGGAGCCGGUUCCGAGGCGACGCGGCGGCAGCAGCGGGACCCGGGAGGAUGCGGAGAGCUCCACUUCCACCCGGAGCUCGGUGAAACUUUUGCUGUGGAACACGGGGCGGAUUGGACUCGACGCGGACGAUGGGAGACUUUUAGAUCUGCCAGCGCACGGAAACACCAUGGCAGUGGACGCUGCGUCCAGCUUCAGCUUCUGCAGGCCGGCCGUGGAGUACCGGGCUCUGCCGGAGGACUUCAAGCACCAGCUGAGCCGGCGGACGGGUGGGAACCUCACCUGGCACGACGGGCGCGGCCAGAAGACGGCCGGAGGCAGGACGGUGAAGCUGCUGCAGCAGCCGGGCACAGAGUCCCUGCAGCACCAUCACAGUGACAAUUAUGGGAUAUAUCACACCAGUCCAACGCAGCCAAGCCUGAUCCGGCCUGUCGUGCUCUGGUCACAGCAAGAUGUGUGUAAAUGGCUGAAGAAGCACUGUCCACACAACUAUCUGGCCUACGUGGAGGCGUUCUCCCACCACGCCAUCACAGGCCGCGCGCUGCUGCGUCUCAACGGGGAGAAGCUGGAGAGGAUGGGACUGGUGCAAGAGACGCUGCGACAGGAGCUGCUGCAACAAGUGCUGCAGCUUCAGCUGCAGGAGGAAGGACGCAACCUGCAGCUGCUCAGCAGAGGUUCCUUUGGAAAUAUAUCAUAGCCAGGGUUUAUUCUGGUGGAAGAAGUGGACAAUGUUGAAUCAUGAACUUUGUGACUGAAGAACUGCAAAAUUACAUUUUUUACGUAGCUUUUUUUUAAGUUCCGUUCCAUUCCAUUUCUGUGCAUACAUUCGCUCCAUGGAUGGAUUAUGGACUGUGCAUUAAAAGUGAUUGUGACAAUC